GCAUUGUUCGUCUUGUUUUUCUUUAAGAGGCGAGCUUAUAGUGAGAGAGAUGCAAUGUGUCGGUAGGUCACAGUCAUCACUGAAGGUCUCCUCAGAAGUUGGAAAGGGAGGGGUGGGGAAGUAUCUCAGCGAUUGUGAACUGAAUAGUGUAGGUCAGUGCAGUCUCGUUAUUGUGUUUUUACAAGGAUUGACCAGUAAGAUUUUCUAUUUUACGACAAUAAAGGGUAAUUUGAUUGGGCCACAGUUUUUUCUAACCAUAUGCUAUACAUUACGUUGAAUAUUGCAAAUUAGAUUUGACCUUCAUUUGGUGACAUUCAUUUAAUAUUUGUUAGAUAUGGCAAUCAACACAGACGUCGCCUAUGAAAAACACGGGCUAGGCGAGUGUGAGCGUGGGGCUCCUCAUCCCACCGCCUACAAAGACACGCAGAAACUUCUGGGUGUAUCAGCCACGGAGCACAGUGGAGGACACUCUUUGAAACCUUUGGAUUCACUUUCUUUGAGUUUAAGAGGCAGUGCGAAGUCACUGAAUGCCGAACAAAAUGGGCGCAGAUCGCCUGUGAAGUCCGGAUCUGAUGGAAACAUUGCGGUCCCGUCCCUUUCUCCGUCUCGACUCAGCUUUAGCCGCACGUCAUCUCUGGGUCCACAGGCACCACCUGCGCCUAGUUAUCUUUGGCUCGCAUUGCUAUCCUGCUUUUGUCCUGGUUUCCCAUUUAAUCUUUUCGCGAUUUAUUAUGCACACACGUCCCGGGCACUGCUACAGGUUGGGGAUGUUGAUACGGCAAGACGACUUGGGAAGCUUGCACGACUUCUAAGCAUCAUUGCCAUCCUCGUCGGUGUGGGCAUUUUCCUCUUUAUCAUUAUAGAAGGUACCAAAACACAACACAGACACAUAGUCGCAUAAGUAUACCUUAAUCUGAAGAUAUUUUUAA